ACCUUUUAAGACACCAUCCUCCCCAUCUCUCCUCCUCCAAAAUCCAAUAAAUUUAUUUACUACAAUUAGAAAAUCUUAUACAUUUCUCCUCCUCUCUCAUUUCAUGAAUCUUUGUCCUCUGUUUGCCUUGUUCUAAAUUAUCUCCUCUUUUUAGUUAAAAACAAAUAUUAGAAAAACCGAAGUAACUGAAAAACCUGGAGGAAGAGGAGUCCACAAGAGGCCCUUUGGUUCUAUCAAGUACCCAUUUUGAUCUUAUCCCAUUUUUCUUCGAUCUCUUCCAUUUCGUAUCUAUUGCUUUCUCAGGGUUUUCAAGUAGCAUUUAUGAGUGCUGAAGGGGCAUGAGAUUGACAUGAUUAUAUUUGUAAGCGAAGGAUGUGCCCCAGAAGUGUGUUUCGUGUAGCACCAUUGUGUUGAAAGAUUGGAAUAUCAAUUAACAGUUUCAGUUAGUUAAAACAUUUGACUGCGAUGCAAGGUCAUAGAACUACCAUUGGUUCUGGUAACUCUGGCAUGAGUCAAGACACUUCUUUCAACAACAUGCCAAAUACAGUUGAAAAUCGCUUGUCAAAUUGUGUGCCUUCUAGUGAGCAAUCUUGUCUAAAUGCCGUUGCUCAUGAUAUUCAGAGCUUUAAUGGCUGGAAUUCAGAUGUACCUAGCUCUAGUUUGAGUCUGCUAAAUCAGGUCAAUGAUGAUGGUACAAAAGGUGAAAAUGGUUGGUCUUCUUCAAUCAGUGCGCAAUGUAGUACUGAUUCUAGGUCAGAAGAAAGGGGAUUAGGGCCAACGAAUGCCCUCUUCCCAGAGAGAGACAGUAUUGGUUUUAGUGGCGGUCAGGUUGGGAGUGACCUGUUAUCCUUGCAUGGCUCUAGCUCAAAUCAUAUCCCGAAUGUGACACAUGCGGCACAUAUAGGCAACAGUGGCUGGGAAGGUAUGGGGCCUAAUCUAUAUCGCCCACGCGGAGUAAAGACAGAAUGGACAUCUUCUUCUUCCACUCCUUCCGAUAAUAUUGGGUCUUCAUCUGGAAGCUCUUGUUCUAGGGUGCAGGAAGGGAGUGGUAGCUCAGGUUCAUCAUGCAAGAGGAAGGCCCUUGAAGGUACUUCCAGUCAAUCUUAUCCUAGUGGAAGUCCAACCUGCUUUCCACAAUCUCAAAAUGAUGUAUGGUGUGCUGAUACUCCUGGUCCCACUGCCUUUUAUGAUGCUUCUAGCAGCUUGAGUUUAUCUACACAGUUGCAAAGUUCCUCAACUUGUUUGCCCGAGCAUCUAAACCCUGAAAUUGGGGUUGGUAUGAGGGGAAUUGUUCCUGAUGGCUUUCCUUCUGCAAGUGGUUCCAGGAAUGAUGAAACUAGCUUGAGAAGUUUUGGAAGGAGAGUAAGUCCCAGCCAUCAUCUGGAAUUACCAUUCAAUUUGUUUUCUUCUGGGGGUGCUAGGCGGUCUAAUGUUUCCCCUCAUCAAUCAUCAAGGCCUGUCUCAUUUACUGAUUCUCUGGAUUUGAGAUCGAGAUCGACGCCGACAGCUUCUGCAAAUCUGAGUGCUCUCCAGAGCUCGCAUCCUGGCAUAUACAUUUCUGGUUCCUCAAGGAAUUUGCAUACAUUCCCUUGGAAUGGAGCCUCUAAUCCUAGAGCUGGCAAUUUAGCAAGUUCCUUUUUCCGUGGAGAGGGAAGUGCUGCAGCACGAGAAGAAGUGAGCUUAAGAAACAUCCCUAGACCCAAUACAGACAAUUCCAUGUUUGUACCUGCAUCUGAGGUGAGAAAUAUGGUCCAAGAUCCAGCAAGUUGGAAUAUGGCCUCUGGAAACUCGAACACAUCUGGAAAUGUCCCUUCAAGUUCUAGAAUUGGCUCCAGUUCAAGCAUCCUUCCUUUGCAUACGUGGGCACUGAUACAAAACCACAACUCCCUAGCUCAUAACCAACAAAGAUUGAGAGAAUUUAAUCCUUGGUCAUCGUUCCCUUCUUUUGAAGUGGAAUCUGGCAGUCUUGCUGCUCAUUUCUCUCCAUUAUCUUCCAUCCAUUCUGCUUCCUCACAGGACUCAGCAAUGUCAUCUGACAUGGGUGGUCAGGGCCAUCCCCAUCAUCAACCCAAUCGAAGGUCCGUAUUCUUGAUGGAGAGACAUGGUGAUGAUGUUCCUGAUAUGUCGGUGUCCCAUUCAUUGCGGGCUUUUUUAGCUGCUGACAUCGAGGAGAGACACCGGAUAAUAUCUGAGAUUCGUCAAGCUUUGAAUGCCAUGCGCAGGGAUGAGAACGUUCAGAUCGAGGAUUACAUGCUUCUCGACCCUUUCAUAUAUCACGGCAUGGCCGAAAUGCAUGACAGGCACAGAGACAUGCGCCUCGAUGUAGACAACAUGUCAUAUGAGGACUUGUUGGCUCUGGAGGAACGCAUUGGAGAUGUAAGUACGGGACUUAGUGAGGAAACCAUUUUGAAGUUUAUGAAACAACGAAAAUAUGUGUGCAUCACAGAAGAGUCGCCAUCAGAUCUGGAGCCCUGCUGUAUCUGUCAGGAGCCAUAUUUAAACGGAGAUGAUGCUGGGAAUCUGGCUUGCGGGCACGAGUUCCACACCAACUGUAUCAAACAGUGGCUAAUGCAAAAAAACAUAUGCCCCAUCUGCAAAACAACAGCCAUGAAUCCGUGAGAGAAACGCCAUCACUACUAAGGCAUGGGAGCUUAUCUUCUCUUUUUCUUUUCAAUGAACGACCAAAAUUUGAAAAUCUCCUCCGUACCUUUCAUUCAAAAGCCAACUUUACUUGCUCAUGAACAGCAUAACUUAUUAUGACAGAGCACCGAUGCCAUAAUUUGCUGCAUGAGUCAUAGAAAAUGAUUUUUUUUCGUCCAUAGAGUACGUGGAAUAUUCAAAAAUAAUGUGAUGAUUAUGCAGACUGGAUUAGCAGGAACACAUUAAUAGAUUUUAAAAUUUCAGACAUUCA